UUUUCUUUGAGAAGCUAAGUUAGCAAUUUUAUAGAGGUUCAUAUUCCUUUCUAAGGUCAACUAUGGGGGGAAGAAUAAUAAUAGAGGUCGCAGGUGGUCUUGCAGUGGGCCUGCCAAACGAAUCUCAGGAGGAGGAUUUUAAUCCUCAUAAUAGAACAGCCAUAUGUGUUCUUGUCCUCUGUACAGUCAUAUCUCUAGUGGGUUUCCUCUCUGUCCUCCCAUGGAAUCGCAUGUGGAGAUCUCAUGAGCUCCAAAGGGCUACCAGACUGGCAAAUACUGGAUUGAAGAAAAAACAUAUAAAAGAACUGCCCUCUAUUGUCUACAGUAAACUGAGAUCAGAACCUAAUUUAGGAGAUUGCCCCAUUUGCUUGGCAGAGUUUGUGGAAGGUGAAAGUAUAAGAGUUUUGCCCAAAUGCAAGCAUACUUUCCACAUUGAGUGUGUGGACAGAUGGCUUGUUUCCCACUCCUCAUGCCCCACUUGCAGAGAUUGUCUUCUUCAGAUGAGAAAUCAAACACAGUCUAGCAACUCAGAGGCAUGUGUUGAGCAGAUCGAGGCACCGAGACCAGCAGCUGAAGGCGAUUCAGAUAGGAUACUUUUUGCUUUUGGGAGGGUCUCCAUAGUAAUCUGAUUGACAUAGAUUGUACAGUAAAGACAUAGCUAUAAACAUUGGAAAUAUCUGGUAAUAUCUGGUAAUAGCUGGUGAAUUGACUUGUUUGUAUAUCUCAAGAUCCAAGUAUUCAGCUAAACACCCAGUGCUUUUACCACCACCACCUGCUGUCUAAUCCCUUCUGUAAAUAGCCAUCCCGUGAAUUGCAUGUGGUUCUUCGGUGUAAGAUUUGGGCUUUGGAAGAAAAUGGGCAUGUGAUUCGAGUGUUGCUAAAAGUUAUGAAUCAGCUUGAGAGCCUGUCAACUGGUUUUCAAUUAGUGGGUACUAGGGUGCUGCCAUUAAAUAAAUUCUAAAAGUUGUGGAAAGUGUAUGAAUCCCACAAGUUUCGUCGUCUGGUCACACCGGCAGUAAAGGACUUUUCACUUUCCAAUGCCUAUUAUUGACAGGCUAUUUUUUCAGACAGAUAUUUUUGUUUUUUUAUAAACAGGGCUAUUAUAAUUUGACCUAUCUUAAGACACCAUGGGGUGAAUGUACAAUUGGGAAUGGAAUACUAAGGGCUUACAAUGAACUUUUAC